GCGCCCAGGACAGGUGCCGACGACAGGGGCGGAGGGCGAAGGCUUCGGGAGCAGCUCCUGUGCAAGAGGGAUGCCGAGUCCGGAGGGGGAAGCCCAGCCAGGCCUCCUGUUCCCUCCUCUCCUCCCUCCCCUUCCGUCACCCCAGCGCCGGUUCAGGCUCCGGGGAGCUCGAAGGAGAUUCCGGAGGGAGAUUUAAGGGAAGCCCUGUCUGCGGCGGCAGCGCAUGUGAGGGGAGGGGUGGGGACGGCCCUGCCCACGUGCAGAGGCGGGUGGGGUCUCCGAGGAAAACCGGGGCUGCCUGCCUUCCAGCGCCGGGGCUGGGGGAGGCCUGUGUGCAGCCGGCACUCCUGCCCAGAGUGGGCGGGGUCCAGUAAUAGGCCCAGAAGCAGGCUGGGUGGAGGAACAACCGCAGGGACCCCUUGUGCUGUCUCCCACACAGCUGCCUCCGGGGACAGCCAGCCAGUCUUGGCCUCCUCUGGAUCCCUGAUGUGGUCCCCAGGGUCUGGCCACUGACUACCCCAGAGAUGAGGUGGUCAAGGGAGGAGCUGGGGAAUUUGGGCCACAGUGUGGCCAAUGGAUGUGGGCUGGGUUUGGGGAAGUUGGGAUGAGUGACAGCCAGCAGCUCUGCUUUUUGUGCCCCACAAUCCUGCUCCCCCAGCCUGCUGGGCACCCACUACCUCUUGGCCUCUCUGCCACUCAGCGUGAGGUUGUGCCCUGGCAGGAGGACUGCCCUCCAGUCCGCCAGGGCUGGGCAGAGGCCAUGGGCACCCAGGGAGAGAGUGUCUGUGGUGGCUAAGGGUUUGCUCCCUGAUGAGAGAGGCCACCCUGGCUUGUCGUUGAGUCCAGCUGGGAUGGCCCUGCUGGUGGGAGGGGGCUGUCACUCCUCCACCCCUCUGUUCGUUCAGCAGCAUCCAUCUUACACCCUCUGGGGGCCUGGCCCUGGGGGGCGGGGUAGGGGAGGCAGGUGUGGGAUCCGUGGACAGAGUGGGACACCUGCCCCUUGGUUCAUUAUUCAUGAAACAGACCACGGGUGCUCAUCUGACAAGUGCAGGUGGUGCAGGAGCAGAGCCCAGGCAGCCAGGUCUCACUGGCCACAAUGCCGGAGGCGCCGGAGGUGCUGGAGGAGACCGUGACGGUGGAGGAGGACCCCGGCACCCCCACCUCCCACGUGUCCAUCGUCAUGUCAGAAGAUGGCACUACGCGGCGCACGGAGACCAAGGUCACCAAGAUGGUCAAGACAGUGACUACACGAACCGUGCGCCAGGUGCCCAUGGGCCCAGACGGCCUCCCCCUCCUGGAUGGUGGCCCCCCUCUAGGACACUUCGGUGAUGGCACCCUGGACCGGCACUUCCUGCUGCGUGGGGGUGGCCCGGCGGCCACGCUCUCUCGAACCUACCUCAGCAGCGGGAGUGGCUUUCCUGACAGCCCCGAGCCCCGGGACAUCCCCAGCUAUGGCAGCCUGUCCCGGGGGCUGGGUGUGCGGCCCCCACGUGGUGGCCCUCUUGGUCCCGGCCCUGGUGAUGGCUGCUUCACGCUGCCUGGCCGCCGUGAAGCCUUCCCCGAGGGCCCAGAGCCUGUGCCGCCGGCCGGUCGCUCCCAGCCCGAGCGCUUCCAGGCAGAGCCAUAUGGCUUGGAAGACGACACACGCAGCCUGGCUGCCGAUGACGGGGGUGGCCCGGAGCUGGAGGCUGACUAUGGCACCGCCACGAGGAGGCGGCCUGAUUGUGGGCGGGGCCUUCGCACUAGGGCCUAUGAAGACGUGGCCGAUGACGGUGGUGAGCUGGUGGAGGAGAGGCCCCCAUUCCCGGCCACAGCAGCACCCCUGGCCCAGCCAGAGCGGGGCAGCCUGGGCAGCCUGGACCGGAUGGUGCGGCGCUCGCCCUCUGUCGACAGCGCCCGUAAAGAGCCACGCUGGCGGGACCCCGAGCUGCCCGAGGUACUGGCCAUGCUGCGGCACCCCGUGGACCCCGUGAAGGCCAACGCAGCUGCCUACCUGCAGCACCUGUGCUUUGAGAACGAGGGUGUCAAGCGGCGUGUGAGGCAGCUGCGGGGGCUGCCCCUGCUUGUGGCUCUGCUGGACCACCCAAGGGCAGAGGUGCGGCGCCGGGCCUGUGGGGCACUGCGCAACCUCUCCUACGGCCGAGACACUGACAACAAGGCCGCUAUCCGGGACUGUGGCGGCGUGCCCGCCCUGGUGCGCCUGCUGCGGGCCGCCCGGGACAAUGAGGUCCGAGAGCUCGUCACAGGCACACUCUGGAACCUGUCAUCCUACGAGCCCCUGAAGAUGGUCAUCAUUGACCAUGGCCUACAGACACUGACCCACGAGGUCAUUGUGCCCCAUUCGGGCUGGGAGCGAGAGCCCAAUGAGGACUCCAAGCCACGGGAUGCCGAGUGGACGACUGUCUUCAAGAACACAUCAGGCUGCUUGAGGAACGUGAGCUCAGAUGGCGCAGAGGCCCGACGGCGACUUCGGGAAUGUGAAGGGCUGGUGGACGCGCUCCUGCAUGCCCUUCAGUCAGCCGUGGGCAGGAAGGACACAGACAACAAGUCGGUGGAGAACUGCGUAUGCAUCAUGCGGAACCUGUCGUACCACGUGCACAAGGAGGUGCCCGGGGCCGACAGGUACCAGGAGGCCGAACCUGGGCCCCUGGGCAGUACUGUGGGCUCCCAGCACCGGAGGCGGGAUGAUGCUGGCUGCUUUGGUGGCAAGAAGACCAAAGAGGACUGGUUCCAUCAAGGGAGGAAGGAUGGUGAGAUGGACCGAAACUUUGACACGUUGGACCUGCCCAAGAGAACGGAGGCCGCCAAAGGCUUUGAGUUGCUGUACCAGCCCGAGGUGGUGCGUCUCUACCUCUCACUCCUCACGGAGAGCCGGAACUUCAACACCCUGGAGGCCGCAGCUGGUGCCCUACAGAACCUCAGUGCUGGCAACUGGAUGUGGGCCACCUACAUUCGCGCCACCGUGCGCAAGGAGCGCGGUCUGCCAGUGCUGGUGGAGCUGCUGCAGUCCGAGACCGACAAGGUGGUGCGCGCUGUCGCCAUUGCCUUGCGGAACCUUUCGCUGGACCGACGCAACAAAGACCUCAUCGGGAGCUACGCCAUGGCCGAGCUGGUGCGGAACGUGCGCAACGCGCAGGCUCCAGCGCGCCCCGGGGCCCGCCUGGAGGAGGACACUGUGGUGGCCGUGCUCAACACCAUCCACGAGAUCGUGUCCGACAGCCUGGACAACGCACGCUCGCUGCUGCAGGCCCGUGGCGUGCCAGCGCUGGUGGCCCUUGGCGGCCACAGCCAAUCGGUGCGCGAGGCGAAGGCUGCGUCCCACGUGCUGCAGACGGUGUGGAGCUACAAGGAGCUGCGUGGAGCCCUGCAGAGGGAUGGCUGGACCAAGGCACGCUUCCAGUCAGCUGCUGCUAAUGCCAAGGGGCCCAAGGGAGCACUGAGUCCCGGAGGGUUUGAUGACAGCACACUGCCGCUGGUGGACAAGAGCCUGGAUGGUGAGAAGCCAGGCAGCCGGGAUGUGAUCCCCAUGGAGGCCCUUGGCCCAGAUGGAUACUCCACGAUGGACCAGAGAGAGUGGAGGGCUCGAGGCAGUGCCCCCGCAGGGGAGACCUCUGAGAAGGAACCGUUGAAACCUGACCCCAGCAGGAAGGCUCCUCCUCCGGGGCCCAGCAGGCCCGCGGUCAGGCUGGUGGACGCUGUGGGGGACGCUAAGCCUCAGCCCGUUGACUCCUGGGUCUAGCUUGCAUGCCUGGGCCUGGGCCCAGCUUUUCAUUCUUAGGCAUCUGAUCAUGGGAAGAAGGGAACUCCAGGGCCAGCCUGCACAGACCCAGCCUCGGAGCUCGGAGCCCCCUGGCGGCAGGGGUCGGCAGUGCCUCUGCGCGGGAUCCAAGGCUGGACUUUCUGGACACGCCUCCCUUCCCACCCCCUCGCUCCCUCCCUCCUAACUCCCUGGGCAGAGUUAGCUGUUUACUGGCGUGCGUGGUGCUGUGUGCA